AAAUAAAAACCAUUGAAAACCAAUCCAUGAUCCUCUCUGUCCUUUCUUUUCAGCACUUUCAAGAAUCAAGGCCUCUUUUUCGAGCAAAAGCUGAAAGUUUGAACCCUCAAAACAGAAGACUUCGAAAAGAAAAGAAGAACAUGGAAGCCACAGCCGUUUGUAGCAGUAAAGGAAGUCCAUUUCUCUGUUCCUCUAGGAUUACAACAAAGCCCAAAACACAAAUUUCUGCUACUUUCUCACCUUUUCUCAUUCAAUCCAUGGCAACAGAGAAACCAUUGCCUUCGGUUGCCAAAACUGUUGGCUCUAGAAAUGUCAGUCCAUUUUCAAUUCAACCCCAUAUGGAUUUUUGGUAUUACUGUUCAGUGGCUUUUCUCUUGAUGUUUCAAUGUCUUAAUUUGAGUUUCAAAAAGUGAUUGUUUUGCUCACUUUGUUCAGUAAUGCCUCAACAAGUUAUGACUAUUGUCAAACAUCAAUAACAGAGCUUCUAACUUGAUAUGCCAUCGUAAGAAUACAGAGCUCGAACACAACUGUUUUCCCGCUUGGCCAACAAACCAAGGAAUAGCACUGUGGUCAUAUAACCAGUGAAGCUACUGACAAAUGUGGAGAAACUGAAACUGCUAACCAAAGCUGAGAAAGCUGGCCUACUAUAAGCGGCCGAGAAGUUUGGGCUAUCUCUGUCGUCAAUAGAGAAAGUAGGUCUCCUCUCUAAGGCGUUAGAGUUUGGAGUCCUGUCCGCUGCAACAGACCCUGGGACUGCGGAGGCACUCUUGACCUUGAGCUUGGGUUUACUUCUUUUGGGUCCUUCAUGUGUUUACCUUGUGCAUGAGUAUAACCUCUGGGAAGUGAUGUUGCAGGUUGCGGUGGCUCCAGUCUGUAUAGCUGGUGGAUCAGCAGCUUUUGCUUCAUCAAAUCUUGUAUCUAACUUGCAGAAAUCAAACUAAAUUUGGUACCCAACUUGCAGACAUCACCUAAAUGGUUGUGACUUCCGUUUCAUGGACCAAUAAUGAUGAUGGUCAAUUCACUGAAGCUAUCAUUUGAAUGUAAAUGUGCGUAAAAAGGAAAGAUUUUAGGCGAAGGAGAAAAUCAUGAUAAUACCAAAAAUUUGAUCAAAGAAUCCAGAAUACAUUACUUCAAUAAACCACCUUUUUCCUAUGUCAAAUGAGCUUUAUGAGAUGCCUCAAGUGGAGGGCCAAAAAAAAAAAAAAAA